AUGGCGACCACGUCGCCGCCGUGCUCUGGUGACUGUGGUGGUGCUGUAGCUUUCGCCGAGGAACUCAUGCAAAGUCCGUCACGAGGCUCGGAUAUUAGUGCUUUCAUUUCCUCUGCCCCCGUUAGCGACCCUUCUCAAAGCAUCAUUGCUUUUCUUUCCGAGUCCCUCGUUCUAGACUGCUGCCUGAUGGUUCGCUCUCGGGUAGGAAUACCUACACAUUCGGCCGAUGACUCGGAAAACUUUGAUAGUGAAGGACGGUCCAUUGCAGGAAGCAUAGGACUACAACACAGGAGCUAUACCGGUAGACCUCAGAAAUAUAUCGAGCCGUGA